AUGCCGGAAAUCGAUCCGGAUCUCGACGAGAAGAACCCGCCGGCCCUCGAUGAGGACGAUAUCGCUCUUUUAAAGACAUAUGGUCUUGGCCCGUACUCGACGUCUAUCAAAAAGGUUGAGAAGGAUAUCAAGGACAUGGCCAAGAAGGUCAACGACCUAUGCGGGAUCAAGGAGUCGGAUACUGGAUUGGCAGCACCAAGCCAGUGGGAUUUGGUGGCGCGCUGCACCAAGAUCAUCAACCCCAACACGGACGACGCCAAAUACGUCAUCAACGUGAAGCAGAUCGCCAAGUUCGUGGUGGGGCUGGGGGACCGCGUGUCACCGACCGACAUUGAGGAGGGCAUGAGAGUGGGAGUGGAUCGCAACAAGUAUCAAAUCCAGAUCCCCCUGCCGCCCAAGAUCGACCCGAGUGUGACGAUGAUGACGGUGGAGGAGAAGCCGGAUGUGACCUACGGGGACGUGGGCGGGUGCAAGGAGCAGAUUGAGAAGAUGCGAGAGAGUGUGACGAUGAUGACAGUGGAGGAGAAACUGGAUGUGGCCUACGGGGACGUGGGCGGUUGCAAGGAGCAGAUUGAGAAGAUGCGAGGUGCGUGGGUGCGGGAGAGGGUGGUGGAGCUCACCAUGCUUCAUCCUGAGAAGUUUGUGAAGCUGGGAAUCGACCCUCCCAAGGGCGUGCUGUGCUACGGCCCGCCCUCCCUGACACAGGCGUGCCGUGCUACGUCUCAAUCCCAAUCUCCCUUAUUUCCGUCCUUUCCCCUUUUCCCUACAAUCUUCCAGGUGGUGGAGCUCCCCGUGCUUCAUCCUGAGAAUUUCGUGGUGGAGCUGCCUAUGCUUCACCCGGAGAAGUUUGUGAAGCUGGGAAUCGACCCCCCCAAGGGCGUGCUGUGCUACGGUCCGCCCGGCACCGGCAAGACGCUGCUGGCCCGUGCUGUGGCCAACCGCACGGAUGCCUGCUUCAUCCGCGUUAUAGGCAGCGAGCUGGUGCAGAAAUACGUGGGCGAGGGGGCCAGGAUGGUCCGAGAGCUGUUCCAGAUGGCACGCUCCAAGAAGGCGUGCAUCAUCUUCUUCGAUGAAGUGGACGCCAUCGGAGGGGCGCGGUUUGACGACGGGGCGGGCGGCGACAACGAGGUGCAGCGCACGAUGCUGGAGAUUGUGAAUCAGCUGGAUGGGUUCGAUGCUCGCGGGAACAUCAAAGUGCUCAUGGCUACCAACAGGUGUGUAGAGGUGUGCUCAGGUGUGAACAUGUGUGCUGCCACCAGCAGGAUUGGUGACUUGCAUUGCUCCGCUGUCGACGAGGGGCCAGGUGGGGUCAAGGAGGCGACAACGAGCAAGGCGGAGUUUGUGCCGCCUGACUUUGGAGGGGCGCAACCACAUCUUAUUAACGCGCCCACACUUCGAACCCUCUCCGCUCGUCUCUCUCUUCUCCCCAAUCCCUCUCCGCUCAUCUCUCUCUUCUCCCCAAUCCCUCUCCGCUCGUCGCUCUCUUCUCCCCAAUCCCUCUCCGCUCGUCUCUCUCUUCUCCCCAAUCCCUCUCCGCUCGUCUCUCUCUUCUCCCCAAUCCCUCUCCUCAAGCCUUCCCCAGGCCUGUCUCUCUUCGUCCUGCUCUCCUGCAUUCCGGGCGUCUGGAGCGCAAGGCCCGACACCCUUGAUCCCGCUCUCUUGCGCCCGGGUCGUCUCGAUCGCAAAGUGGAAUUCGGGCUGCCUGACCUGGAGGGGCGAACGCACAUCUUCAAGAUCCACACCCGCACCAUGAACUGUGAACGUGAUAUUCGAUUCGAGCUACUGGCCCGGCUGUGCCCCAACUCCACCGGAGCCGAUAUCCGCAGUGUGUGCACGGAGGCAGGCAUGUAUGCCAUCAGGGCGCGGCGCAAGACAUCACAUGCUUGCUCACCUUCUCCUUGCUCACCAAUUUGCCCUCCUCCCCCCACCCCCUCACCCCUCCCCAGGAGCCGACAUCUGCAGUGUGUGCAUGAAGGCGGGCAUGUAUGCCAUGAGGGCAUGAUGCACACGGGAGCCGACAUCCGCAGUGUGUGCACGGAGGCGGGCAUGUAUGCCAUCAGGGCGCGGCGCAAGACAGUGACUGAGAAGGAUUUCCUGGAGGCGGUCAACAAGGUCAUCAAGGGGUACCAGAAGUUCAGUGCUACACCCAAAUACAUGGUGUACAAUUGA